AUGGCGGCGGCUAAGCUGGGAAGACUUGCAGUGAAAAACACAGCGUUUUUACUUUGUGAUAUUCAAGAAAAAUUUCGUCCUUCGAUUAUAUAUUUUCCGGAGAUCAUCAAAGUUGCUCAAAGAAUGGUAAGAAGCUUUUGAUUAUUUCGUUUGAUCAAGGGCCUGCACCAAGGAAAUAUUUCGCAAUUAUUCCGUCGUAUUACUGUCCACUCUACUGCGCUUUUUGCACAUUUUUAGUGACAUGUCUAAAAAGCUCUGCGAAGGAAAGCGAUACCGUGAGAGUUAAGACUCUCUUAAAGGUUUCUAGUUACCGACUUGAUAGCUCCUGCUAGGAACCAAAAAAUUAACGAUUCUUUGUAUUGUAGAUUAAUUAAACCAGCUGAUACCCUGCGUGCCAGAGGCUUUUCAUGGGCGAAAAAGAAAAAGAGACCCCCGCGAAAAGCCUCUGGACCAGAGCGUCAUCCCUUUGAUAGCGCUGAGCUAUCAACCCUACUUAUACCAAAACACCCAGAAUUUGGAUGUUUUGCUGAUGGGUUCCUUUGAGAUGUCGAAUGUUUCAAAUGCUCUGAUUGGAUUACAGUCACAAUAGGCGCGUGAUCAGGACGAAGGUGGUUUGAAAGUGACAAAGAUCAAAUGCAAACAAUCCAUCUCGAGUCAUGUAUGUUUUUGCCUUUUGAUUUUUGUAGCUAUUUGCAGGACAUGAAGUAUUGUAAACUUUAUAUUUCUUUAAAUAAAUACGUUGUUGUUGUUGUUGUUGUUGUUUUGGAAGAGAAUUGGAAAUAUCGGAUGGCUGUAUGAACAAUAGCCAAAGUUAUCAGAACAUUUGAUGGUGUGGAGGGAAUAAGUGCGGAACAAAAAGAGGGCAUUGUAAAUUAUGUUCAAAGGAAAGACAUUUUGGCAGUCUUGCCGACCGGCUAUGGAAAAUCACUGGUCAUCACUGCUGUUCCAGUUACUACCUGGUAUAUGCAGUCUGUAAAAGAGGGUCGUUAGGUAACACAUGAGUUUUACCCCAUGCCAAAAUGAUGCUUGUUCCAAUGAAUUUUUUCUCUAGCGGUAGAAUUUGUUCUGGUGGGUUCUACAUUUUGACUGAGCAAACGUGCAUUAUUUUUGCAGCUUGUUUCAUACUGAGAGGUCUUGACAAGCAUAUUGAUUUUCUGUGGUUUAUGUUUUUGGUCGGCAUAAUUUGCCCUCUGAUGCAAUAGCAUUUUCUUUGACCUCUUUUGAAAUGUAAACUUCCUCUUUGUGGCUAAAUAAACUUGUAGGUUGUUUAAUUUUCUCCAAAGUGCCUCCUUGAUCUGAAUAACUAAAAGCAAUAUUUUUUUGUCCGUGAAUGUGAAGUUUUUGAGCAAUGUUCUGACACACUGAGCCCAACUCGUCAGUAGUUUUUGCAGGAUGUCAAAUUCUCAUGGAUACUGAUUUACAGAUCCCAAUUUUGAAGAAUGAACAGCAGCUUAAACUAAAGCUACAUAAAUUAUGGAUAACUGCACUGUGACUCAUUUAAGAUUGCUAUUAAGCAAUGAUUUUUACAGUCAAACCAAGUCAAGCGUACCCCCCAAGAUUCUAUUAAUGAAUUGAUUAUUUGAAAAAUGAAUCCGUUUGUCGUUCCCGUAACUGGUGUCAAAUUCAAAGCGGCAUUUCUGCAUGCGUAAUGAGCAGUGAAUAUUUUAUGAGAACUUCUCUGUAUUUGGUCAGAUUGGAAAUCUUUGAAUGGAUUAAGCUUCUUAGAAGACAUUUACAUCAAUUUCAGGAAAGUGGAGCUGGUAGAAAUUUCACAACUGCCUCGCGUGGGAAUUCACGGCUCAUUACACAUUCAAGAAUGCAGAAAUCAAUCUGAAAUCUACAACUAGCAACGGAUUCAAAUUUUGAAUGAUAAAUUCAUUAAUGGGUUCUUGGGGGGUACACUUGACCUGGUUUGACUGUAAUAAAAUGAUCACCUAAGAGAAAAUACUUUGAUCUUUUAUCAAAUUCUCUUAACUAAUUCUUAAAGGAAAUGUAUAGAGAUCAGUUUGGAGAAUUUGUAUGUGGAUACUGGGGCUUAAAGGGUUAAAUAAUGUAAUCAUGGUAAUCUAAGAAUGUUCCAAAGAAUUUUCUUACUAGAGCGGUUUUCACUUGACUGUCGAAAGGGAUUGGUUUUGGUUUUGGUUUUGGUUUUACUACGCCCUUUGGUUGGCUAGUGUAUUUACUUUGGUUUUGGUUUUACGACAGUCAAGUGAAAACCGCUCUAUGGAGCUGGUAGAAAUUUCAUAACUGCCUCGCGUGUGAAUUCACGGCUCAUUACACAUGCAAGAAUGCAGCGAUCAAUCUGAAAUCUACAACUAGCAACGGAUUCAACUUUUGAAUAAUAAAUUCAUUCAUGCAUUCUUGGGGGGUACGCUUGACCUGGUUUGACUGUAAACUCCAGCUUGUUUUUCUAAAUAUAAUGUGACUCUUUGGGCUGAAGUGCAUUGUUCCUGCCUUGGUAAUUACUUUUCAAUUACCUUAUUCACAAUAUCCGCCAUCUUUGCAUGCAUUUUUGGAGGGAUGAGAUGAAAGUAAUGUCACAUGGGGGGGAGUGGUAUGGCUAAACACUGCCCGCCCUGAGCUUGUGUCAAUAAGUAGCUGUGCUUCUCUGAUUAGGCCUUAACUAGUUGGCAAUGGCCAGCUAGUAGCAAAAAAAACCUGUGCUUUUCACAGAAUCCUUGUUUUUGGUCUGCUUUUCCAUCAGUUUGCAUUGCACGUAAGAUUGGCGACAUGAAGGGCUAUUUUCUGGCUAAAUUGAUGCACAUAUUUCAAAAUUUGGACUUCUUUGGGAAUCUAUUGCCAACUUAACAGUAAUGGAAAUAAAUUGUUGUUUCAUUACCACCCUUGGUCUACUUAAAAAUUUCAGUUUAAUUCAUUCACAUUCUAUAAGUAUAAGUUUACAUAUGAUGAUUAUUUUUUCUUACAGGUUGCAGCAGCAAACAUCUUGAAAAUACCAGUCAUCGCAACUGAACAGGUACUAAAUCAGCCCUGAAACUGUGUCAGUUGUGUAGUACUAACACCUCACUUUACAGUAAAUAAGUUUUAAUUUCCCUUGCAAGAGCUUGGGAGAAAGAAAAUGUACUUUACUUGAAGGUAGUAAGAGAGUUAAAGGAGCUCUGUUGCAAAAUUUAUCAAAUUUUAAAAAGUCCCAGCCACCACCAAACUGAGUGAAACAUAAAAAUAACCACUCAAAAAAUUAAAAGAAUGUAUGAAAAGCACAGCAAAUAUGAAAGAAGGCACAGAUGGACAAACUUGUGGAAGAUUAAAAUGGAUUGGAACUGUUGUUUUUUGAAAACUUGUUAAAAACAAGAAGAUUUAUUUCACUCAGCUCCGUUUACAUGUGAUUACAUGUGAUAGAUAAAGAAAAAGGGACAAAUAAAUACAAUUUUUUUGUUACACAAGUGAAGAAUAAAAAUUGUAGUCACUAGAUAAGGAGCAAGUUGGGAUCAUCCAAAUAGCAAAGGCUAAUCUAGUGGAUGUUAAUAUUGUAAUUUUGAUAUUAUGCUUGGGAAACAUAUUUGUUGGACAAGAAGCUAUUAUUUUGUCAUUUAAAAGUACUUUCUUUUCUUUUUCACUAAGCUUCAUAGCGAAUAAAGAUGCGUAAUAGGUCAUUUGCACGAUGGCAUCAUUUUACUACUAUGACCAGAAUCCUUUUUGUUUUUCCGUUCAUAUUCAAAUUUGGUAAUCCCAGCAACAUUUAAAUAGCAAAAUCCCUAAUUUGCACAAGAAAGCAAAUCCUGAAAGAUUCUGGUCGUAGUAGUAAAAUGACGUCAUCAUGCAAAUGGCCUAUUGGCAGUACUAUAAAAAUCAACUAGACAGCUGCAUCACAGCCUCUUUAAUGAAGAGGGUAUUAAUUUAUAAGUAAUGUCUUGCUUAUAUGUUGUAAAUCGUCUAUUUUUCCAAGUAUCCCAAAGGGCUUGGCAAUACAGUAGAGGAGAUUGACACCAGUCCUUUCAAGGAGCGUGUUUUUUCCAAGACAAAGUUUUCCAUGGUCAUUCCUGAGGUGGAAGAACAGCUCAAGCAACUGAAUGUUGAGAACGUUGUGUUGAUGGGUAUUGAGGUAUGCUCAAUUUGUAGUCAACAAAACUAGUACCAUAAAGUUUUCCUGAUGAUUAAAUUACAGACUGAAGUGGUGCAGUCUGAUGACAAGAGCGGGUUUGGCAAGUGCGGGUGAAAAAGAUAUCAAAACUUGUGUCAUGUCCAUUAUUUGAUUUCUUUUACCACCAGCUAUUGUGGUCAACUGUUGUGUCAGUUUUCGCAUACCUUUUGUGGGAUUUCUUUCACGAUUAAGUAAAAAGGUGAGCAAGCAAGGAGGGUUGUCUAAUAAACACAAACUGAGUCCAGUCAUCUAAGUGCAAAAUUUUCCUUUUAAGUCCAUAUAUACAGUUUCAUGACUGUCAUACUCUAAAUGCUCUGCAUGCAAGCAAAAUUGCUUGGACAUAUGGCAUCUACUAGGCUGCAUUUCCCAAACCAAUAGAACUUGUAGUUACCAAAAAAUAUAGUAAAUUAAUAGGAGGCCAGGAAGAAUGAAAAUGACAAGGUUAGUUUUGUUUAGAUAGCAAAUGUGUUUCUUGGUAGAAAUUGAUCAAUUACACGUACAUGUACCCCUUUGUUGCCUUGUACUGAACUGUAAAAGCAUAGCGAAUUUAUUGCUUUUAGACACAAGUUUGUGUUCUACAAACCACAAUGGACCUUCUAGAGAGGAACUAUAAUGUUCAUGUGUUAGCUGAUGGGGUGUCAUCACGCACAAUGGUUGAAAGGAUGUUUGCACUUGAGGUAAAAAAAUAGUUAAAUCUCUUAAGACCAUUUUUAGCAUAAUAACUAGCAGUGACAGAGGAAAUAGAACUACUAGGUGUCUGUGUAAAAUGGAAAUAUAUAUGUCCCUGCCAAAAUAUUUUAUUGCAGCUUGUGAACUAGUCUCCCUCGCAGCCGAUUUUUGGAUGUCACGCAACGCUCCCCCAAAAGAGUGUAGACUACUUGUGAACAGGCAUUGGUGUUGUUGUUGCUUUUUUACUCACUUGUUACUCAAGAAAGGCCUGAAGGAUACAAAUGGCAAUACAAAAUGAGGCCAAAAAUAGUUGAGGAGUUACAGAUAAUACAAAUUAGAAGCAAAAUUAGAAAACCCGGCUUUUGUCACUGAAGACCAAAGAGUGUAUUUUUUUUUCAAAUGUUUGCGUUGUAGAAUUUUUUAAAAAAAAAAUAGUCUGAGAAAACAGCCGACAUUUUGUGACGCUACCACUGGUUUCAGUAAUAAUAAUAAUUAUAAUUAAUAAUUUAUUCAUUUAUAGUGCGCUUUUUAACAUGCUAGGUGAUCAAAAGCGUAUUACAACAAUAAAUAACUUAAAAACUAUUAAUACAAAUAUUAGAAAUAUACAAAUAUAUUUAAUAUCUAAGAGAUAUUAAUAGCUAAUUUAAAAAGAUAAGUUUUAAGAUUAGAUUUAAAAGUAGAAAUACAUUUGAUGCUACGGAGGCUAACAGGAAAAGCGUUCCAUAAAGUGGGCGCAGCCACACUGAAGGAUCUGUCACCAAAUGACUUUUUCAUUUUUCCUGACCGAUGCUUUAAUUAAACACCUUCAUUAGAGCACAGCAAAUAGCGCGUAUUAGUCUUAGUAUGAAUUAAAUCAAUGAUGUAGCUAGAUGCCAUGCCAUAGAGGGCUUUGAAAGUAAGUAAUAAAAUUUUAAAAUUAAUUCUAUAUCUUACUGGUAACCAGUGUAAAUUUCCCCGCGAAAUGACGUCUGAGAAACGAGCACAAAAAUUCCAUACUGAUGACGUGUCACUACCCAAAUCUGGAAAGUGCUUCUGAUUGGUUUGAAGUUAAGUUUCAGCCAAUCAGAAUCACUACCCUGAUCUGGGUUGUGUCAUCAGUAUGGAAUUUCUUCGCUCGUUUCUCAGAUGUCAUUUCGCGGGGAAACCACUGGUGGCGUCGCGAAAUGUCGGCUCUUUUCUUCAGGUUAAAAUGAAAACUGCUCAACAACUUUCAUUGACGAUCUCAUCUACACACUUGAAAGUUUGAUCCUGGAAGUGUAGGAAUUAAUAUUAUCGAAACCUUUGUUUCAGCGGAUACGUCAAAUUGGUGGGUUUGUUACAACAAGUGAGUGCAGCUUGUUCAUGCUGAUGGGUGAUUCAAAACAUCCCAACUUCAGAGAAGUUCAAGCGUUGGUGAAAACUGCAGCCCCAGACUCUGGUCUUCUGUCUAAAUGUUAA